UCUCUCUCCCCUCUCUCUCUCUUUCUCUCUCUCGAGCUCAGGCAACAACAUGCACCCGGACACCUCCGUUGCCGCGGUGGUUUGUGCAGCUGCUGUGCUGCUCAUCAUCAAUGGCUGCCUCUCCAUGGCCAUGGUGGAGGACAAGAUCACGGUGCUGCCGGGGCAGCCACCGGUGAGCUUCGCGCAGUACUCCGGAUACGUGGAGGUGGACGCCGUGAGGAAGAGGUCGCUCUUCUACUACUUCGCCGAGGCAGAGCUAGAUCCGGCCACCAAGCCCCUCGUCCUCUGGUUAAAUGGAGGACCCGGAUGUUCAUCUGUGGGGGUGGGAGCAUUUUCAGAGAAUGGGCCAUUCAGGCCCAGUGGCAAUGCCCUUGUGAGCAAUGAGUAUAGCUGGAACAAAGAAGCCAACAUGCUCUAUCUGGAGAGCCCUGCAGGGGUGGGCUUCUCCUACUCCACUGAUCCUUCCUUCUAUGGGGGUGUUGGUGACAGCAUGACAGCCAGGGACAAUCUAAGAUUCUUGGAAGGCUGGUUUGCCAAGUUCCCACAGUACAAGGGCAGGGACUUGUACGUCGCAGGAGAGAGCUAUGCUGGUCACUAUGUUCCGCAACUAGGGCAGCGCAUGGUUGAAUUCAACGACAAGGAGAAGCUGUUCAAUCUCAAAGGCAUUGCUUUGGGCAAUCCUGUUCUCGAAUUCUCGACUGACUUCAACUCGAGAGCCGAGUUCUUCUGGUCACAUGGGCUGAUAUCGGAUUCAACUUACAACGUCUUCACGACGGUUUGCAACUAUUCACGGUAUGUGAGCGAGUAUUACCACGGCUCCAUCAGCUCGGUUUGCGACAGGGUGAUGAGCCAAGUGACCAGAGAAACUAGCAGAUUUGUCGAUAAGUACGAUGUCACCCUGGACGUCUGCAUUUCCUCAGUUUUGAUGCAGUCCCAAAUCCUCACCCCACACUCAAAGUCUACGGAUCAAGUGAACACGGAGCUCGACGUGUGCGUCGAGGAUGAGACAAUGAACUACCUCAACCGAAAAGAUGUGCAAAAGGCAAUGCACGCUCAGCUCAACGGCGUGCCCAAGUGGACGGUCUGCAGCAGUGUUCUUGAAUACAAACAGCUGGACCUACAGAUCCCGACCAUCAACAUCGUCGGCGCACUUGUCAAGUCCGGCAUUCCGGUGCUAGUUUACAGCGGUGAUCAGGACUCGGUGAUCCCCCUGACGGGCAGCAGGACGCUGGUGCACCGCCUGGCCAAGAGGCUCCGGCUGAACGCAACGGUGCCGUACCGGGUCUGGUUCCAAGGGAAGCAGGUUGGUGGAUGGACGCAGGUGUUCGGCGACGUUCUGUCCUUCGCGACCAUCCGGGGAGCGUCGCACGAGGCGCCCUUCUCGCAGCCGGAGAGGUCCCUCGUGCUCUUCAGAGCUUUCCUCGCCAGCCGGCCGCUGCCAGAAUCGUUCGAGUGACCUCAAUUGGAGUACUAUCUAGGAGUAGUAGUAGCGUCAAUCGUCUUUCAAGGUUGGGAAUCCAAUCAAAAGGUAUUCGCAAGUGUAAUCAGUUACUCUCUCCGUUCACUAUUAUUAUAAGAUGUUUUGAAUAUUUUAA